AUGGCUAAGUUUGAUCCAUCUUUGAUCCCUUUGUUCAUCAUCCUUGGAACUGCUGGAGCAUUCACAGUUGGUUUUGGAUACAGGAAGAUGACCACCGACAAUGAUAUUAGUGUAACCAGAAAGGGACAGAUGCUCUGGGCCAGCUUUGACAACCCCAAGCUGAUCGAAAGGAAAACAUCGACUGGCUUCUACAACCAGAUUGACAAGGGACUCUACCUUCGCAAGUAA